GUGAUCGCGGGCGGGGACAUGGCGGCGGCUCGGGGCCUGAGUGAGGAGGUUCCGCUCCGACCCCGGAGCCUCGGCCUCCCCGUCCUCCUCCUCCUGCUGGGCCUGGGCCGCGCGGCCUCCUCGGAGCUGCACCGCUCGGUUUUACUGGAGAAUAACGGGCGACUCCGGCUGGUCCCGGGGCUGCGGCCCGACGGCAUCGCGUGGGCAAACUUCACCGACAGGAUCAAGAGCAGCGGCUGGUCCUACCUUGAACUUACCACAAAUGGAUCAUACAGUGACAAUUUACAGGCGUAUGCUGCUGGUGUGGUGGAGGCUGCUGUCACACAACAGUAUAUUAAUAAGCAUUGGGUGAACACACUGUCUCACUAUUGUGGACCCAAGUAUCUGACUGCCUACUGUGAGAAGCUUAAAAAUUACAUCGAGUCCAAUCUGGCUUGGAUUGAAGAUCAAAUCGACAAAGAUGGGGAUAAAGCGUACUGGCAUCAGGUGAAAUUGGUAUUACUACAGCUGCGGGGGCUAGAGGACAGCUAUAAUAACCAUAUUUCAAUUCCUCAUGGGAAGUUCAACUUUCAACCUUUUGGAUUCAUUCUUUUUCAGAUGGCUGGUGACUUGGAGGAUCUUGAAAAUGUAUUUAAUAGAACCGAUUCUUCAAAGGCUUUUGGUUCUGGGUCAUGUUCUGCCCUCAUCAAAUUGUUGCCAGGCAACAAAGAUCUCCUGGUAGCCCAUGACACUUGGACUAACUAUCAGUCAAUGCUGAGAAUCAUUAAGAAAUACAAACUGUCUUUUAAAGAUGUUCCAGAAGGUGGCCUCACCAUACCAGGUGAGGAGCAAGCCUUCUCAUCAUAUCCUGGGACACUAUUUUCUGCUGACGAUUUCUAUAUCAUGAGCAGUAGAUUGGUAGCUCUAGAAACCACAAUAGGUAAUAAUAACGCACGUUUGUGGAAGUUUGUGCAGCCCGUCGGCUCAGUGAUGGAGUGGUUAAGGAACAUAGUAGCUAAUCGCCUGGCUAGGAAUGGUGCGGAAUGGGCUGCAAUUUUUAGGAAUUUCAACAGUGGCACAUACAAUAAUCAAUGGAUGAUUGUGGACUAUAAUUACUUUACACCAGGACAAUUUGGUAUGAAAAAGAACUUGCUGACAAUUUUAGAACAAAUACCUGGGCAAAUAAUAACUGCUGAUAAAACAGAUGAACUGAUGCAGAGUGGUUACUGGGCAAGUUACAAUGUACCGUAUUUUGAAGAAAUUUUUAAUGCUAGUGGUAAAGCAGCCCUUGUGAAGGAAUUUGGAGACUGGUUCAGUUACAACAAGACACCUCGAGCACUGAUAUUCCGUCGAAAUCAGACUUUAGUUACAGACAUGUAUUCAAUGAUUAAAUUAAUGAGGUACAAUAACUUUGAGAACGACCCUCUUUCUGAAUGUAAGAAGUGCAAUCCUAAACGCAAUGCCGAAAAUGCAAUUUCUGCUAGAUCUGAUCUAAAUCCAGCCAAUGGAACUUACCCAUUUUCAGCAUUAGGACAGCGUUCACAUGGUGGUACAGACAUGAAGGUUACUUCAUUUGAGUUACACAAGAACUACCAGAUGAUUGCAGUGAGUGGUCCAACAUGGGAUCAAGUUCCAGCAUUUCAGUGGAGCAAAUCCCCUUUCAGCAAGCUUAUGCACAAGGGACAACCUGAUCUUUGGAAGUUUCUACCAGUAAUGGUGCAGUGGAACUGAAAGCCUAAGAACAUUUACCAGAUUAAAAAAGUAUUUUAAAUCGGAAUAAGCCAUUGAUGUUUAUCAUCUGCCUCACUUUAAACAUUUUUAUGUUAACUUUGCAAAGCUGAUUGUCGAAUGAGAGUAAUUGUAAAUGUCUGAGCACAAUUUGUGGUGUAAAUUUUGCAAAAUAAUCACUAAGUUUUGCCAAAGUUGCAUUUUGAAUGCAUUCUUGCAUCAGUAAUGUUGUGUGCUUGAUUUGAAUUUGAAGUAUCUAGUGUUCCAAUUUAAUAUGAACGAAGCAUAAAUAUUCAGAACUUAAAGCUUAUGACAGGGUUUUACACCAAAUGUAUUUUUACAGCUAAUUAUCUGCUAAGUGAAAGGCUUUUUUUUUGAAGGCUUUAAUCUUUGACAACUUAAUGAAUAAGAGAAAAUUCAACUCCCAGGAAGACAACUACUUUUCAAUGAGGGGGACCUGAGGGACUGUAGUGUAUCUGAUUGACCAUGACAAGUCACGCAGACUGAGCUGUCCAGUAGUUAUACUAAAUAAAAGUUCAUUUUAAGGUCAAUUCUUAUAAAACCAGUCCCAUGACAUUGGAUACAUGUUGCACCUUCCUGUGACUUGUCCAUCCAUAUGAUUGAUUAGUUGCCUGCUGGUAGAUCACCCACCAAAAACUUUGCAAGUGCAAUCAAAUUGCCGGACUUAAUAUAUAGUUGCAGUUAACCUGAUUGGAACGUUGUUUGAAACUUCAGCUUUUCUUUAAUGUUUCUUAUAUUCAACAUAUCUGGUGCUAAUACAGAAAUUUGUACAUUACGUUUGAAUACGAAGUUGCUGAUUUAUUCUUGAGCACAAUGCAUGUUUUGAUAUAUAAAGUCAGUGAAACAGGAUAUGUGCAUCAAAUUUGAGUGGUUUGAUUUAAUGUUGGGAUAGAAUAAUGUAUCUUUUCCAGGUCUGUACCUUGCUGAUGGUAUCCAAAUAAUCAAUUUUCUUGUGUCAGGAAAAAUAAACUUGGACGGGAGAUGAAUGGUAUUGAUUUAGAAUACUGUUCCAAUUAAUCAUGAUGUCGGGUAGUUUUUCAGGAGAUCUUCGAUACUGAUACUCAAGUCAGAACUACUCUCAAACUGACAAUGUUUAAUUUCUGGUAACGUUAUACCAGAAAGUAAAGAUUUUUCAGGUGAAGCCAAGAAUAGAUAAAGAUUCAGCUAGCUGUUUAGAUUAGAUUCGCUACUGUAUGGCAACAGGCCGUCGGCCCAACAAGUCCACACCAGCCGUCCAAAGAAUAACCCACCCAGACCCAUUCGACUACUAUUUUUUUUACCCCUGACUAAUGCUCCUAGCGUUAUGGGCAAUUUAGCAUGGCCAAUUCACCUGGCCAGCACAUCUUUGUGAUUAUACGUGGAGGAAACCUAUGCAGACACAGGGAGAAUGUACAAACUCCAUAUACAGUCGCCUGAGGUAGGAAUCAAACCUGGGAUCCUGGUGCUGUGAGGUAGCAGUGCUAACCACUGAGCCAAUAUGCUAUCCCAGUAAUUUAAUCCCCAAAAAAUGUAAUUUAAUCCCCAUCUUAAAUUCCUCUUUUAGCCCUUUAUUUUUUAUGUAAACGCAUUAUGUUGUUUAGCAUUAAAUAGAAAGCUUCUUGGCAUUGUCGGAAGAGGAAUCAUUGAGUUGACUGGAGCUGAGAAAUUACUCUGCAAAUCAGACCAAGAAGCAAUCUAAACCUUGAGGUGCUAUAUUAAUGGUAAGAGGCUGCAAUUGUAGCAUGCCUAUCUUAUAUCCAGUCCUCAUGAUAAAUGUAGACAUGGGAAUUUAACUUUGAGCACCACACAGAAAUGUAUUUGUACCAUGUAUCCAGUGUAAUCCUAUGUAACCCUUUUGUAUUGUUCCCUCACUGGUACUGCUGAACCAUGUGUGUAAGAUACCAUUUGAGGAAAUUUGGUCAUCUAGCAAUUACCAAUAUGAAUUAAAAAGCAAAAUACUGCUGAUGAUGGAAAGCUGCAAUAAAAAUAGAAAAUGCGACAAAAUACUCAGCAAAUCAGGCAGUAUCUGUGGAGAAAGAAAGUGUUAAUAUUUCAGGCUGAUAAAUGUAUCCAUAGUUAUGAUGAAAGGUUGAGAUAUAAUAAUUUGUCUAAUUUAUUGCAUUCCAGAAAAAACAACUGUGAAGUUCUGUUCUCUCCAACUGUAGUUCCAUUUGUCUACUUUACCCUGCUCUGCUUCUUUGCUUUUUAGUUUUGUUCUCAUGUUUGAGCUGCCCCCAUCAGGUAACUUCCUGUUUUCAUUGUCCCACCCAUCUCCUUGCUCAAAAUCUAUUAUAUCAAUACAAGCAGCGUUUAUUUGAACCGACACUUGGCUUAAAUCUGAGUCAAUUUAGCCUAAACUGGGUAAGGGUGGUAUGCCCUUUCCCAGAAACAAAUGGGAACCAGGCAGCUCCUUGUAACAAUCUUGUGGCUGAUUUCACACCAGCUCCCAAAUAACUGAGUUAGUGCAUUCAAUUAUAUAAAUUGCCAUUGGUGAUAUUUGAUUCCAGGGCUGUAAAGUUCCAAUUAGAAGACAGAUUACACUGAACUUGAAUCAUUUAAAUUCAGAUUUUCAAAAUAAAGUUAUUUUGAGUACAAACCAAUACCAGAUUUCUGUCCUGAAGAUUGUGGUGUUGGAGCUGCUUUGCCAAGCUAUUGUGAUUCAAGGGUGUUAUCAAUUACAGCGUUAUUCACACACAUUGCUCUUCAUAGUUGAAAAUCACACAACGCCAGGUUAUAGUCCAACAGUUUACUUGGAAGCACUAGCUUUCGGAGCACUGCUCCUGUAUCAGGUGGUUAUGGAACAUAAGAUCAUAAGACACCAGAAUUUAUAGCAAACGUUUACAGUGUGAUGUAACUGAAAUUAUAUAUCGAAAAAGACCUCGAUUGUUUGUUGAAUCUCAUCUUUUAGAAUGAACGUGCUGAUUUCAGUUCUUUCAUAUGUAAUUGCAGAACUUUUUUCAAGUUACGUUCUCAAGUGAACUUUAACAAUUGGUGUCAUGUCGGUCCAGCUAAUGCAUUGAAGGUGUGAGAUGCCCUGUGUGUGAGACUGUUUAUGCGCCAAUGUUCAGACUAAUUCUAAUCUUAAAAAAUGGAUUUACAGAA